UAUUAAGUCAGAAGUCAGCUUGAAAAGUGCCUUUUUCUAAAUUUACGUUGUGUUUUCAUUUCAUAAAUAAAGUAAAAUGAGUAAAGCAAAAGUAUCUGGCGAAUUUGAAUUUGCUCCUUUGAGAUCAUUGGAUGAUUUCUUGCUAGAAUCUGCUAGAUUUCAGAUUCCAAAUGUUAGGGAUCUGGAAAAAUGGGGUUAUCGAGUAACAAGUAACUUGUUAUACUACCAAACAAAUUAUUUCUUAACGGCUUUAAUAAUUUUCACAAUCGUUGGUGUAAUACAUCCAGUACAAGUAGCUGCAGGUUUUAUAGUUACUUCUGUUAUUUUCAUGGCAUUCUGCUAUAUAACCAAUGAAAGAGCUACAGCAAGUCAAUUUAAACGUAAACAUCCUAUUAUAUCUGUAUUGGUAAUAUUAGCAGGAGGGUAUUUUGUAACAUAUAUGCUUGGUUCACUAUUGAUAUUUCUAUUGGGCAUAUUUUUGCCUAUUUCUGUUACAUUUAUACAUGCUUCUUUGAGACUGCGAAAUUUAAAAAACAAAAUUAGCAAUAGGGUUGAAACCCUAGGACUGAAGAAAACACCAAUGGGAAUUUUUCUUGAAGAACUUGGGAUUGAGCAAGAAGUUUUUUGAGACAGAGUCUAAAUUUAUAAAGUACUUCCAAAAGUUCUUUGAAGAAUAGAGCAUGUACUAUUUGUACAGUUACAUAUAUUAAAAUUAAAUUAGGUUGUUUAAAGUUAACAGUGUUAGCAACUAAAUAUGAUUGUAACCAUUUUUUGCAAAAUGAAAUACACCUGUAUGUAUGUAUA